CCUGUCUCUCGACGGUCGCGUCAACAGAAAAAAGUAAUGCAAAGUGAUGAUCAAUAAUUUGCUGAUAAGUUUUUACUAGGAAAAAUUCGUAUAAUAUUCCGUGCAAAAUCGUCGAAAUGUCCCGUCAAAAUACCCGCUUGGAUACGAAAAAAGUGAACUCGGAGCUCCUGACGCUCACCUACGGAGCGCUAGUCUCCCAGAUGCUCCGAGACUUCGAAAACGUCGAAGAUGUCAACAAGCAACUGGAACGGAUCGGAUAUAACAUGGGAAUGCGACUGAUCGAGGAUUUCCUCUCGCGAACCAACUCACCCCGUUGCCUGGACAUGCGGGAAACGGCCGACAAAAUUCAGCUGGCCUUUCGGAUGUACCUGAACGUGCAACCGACGAUCUCGAAUUGGGCCGCCUCGGGCGAUGAGUUUUCGUUGAUCUUCGACAGCAACCCGCUGACGGAGUUUGUCGAACUGCCGCAGGACUAUCAGCAGCUGCGGUACAGUUCGAUCAUUUGCGGCUGCAUCCGGGGAGCGCUGGAGAUGGUCCAGCUGGAAGUGCAGUGCUGGUUCACGCAGGACCAGCUGAAGGGCGAUGCCAGCACGGAGAUAAGGGUGAAGUUUGUGAGGCGACUGGAGGAUGCCGUGCCGGCUGGAGAGGACUAAGUGGGCUAGAAACACUUUCGGUAAGUAAGAUGGGACGACUGCAUUCCAUGAUCAGACAUAGAGAUUGUUCAAGCAAUGGGAUUGCGUUCGAAGACAAACGUUCGAAAUUAUAAAUUAACUAUUUAUCCACUCGAUACAAA